GUGGAAACGGAAGUGCAAUAAAAGUGUGAAAAUUUUAAGAAAAUAAAUUGAAAAGAUUUGUGAGUGAAAGUGACAAGUUCUGUUGGAAUAAGAAGAAGAAAAAAAAAGUACAGACGCCGAAAUUUAUCAAUGGAUUGUGAAUGUCAAGGGAAUUUUUCUGCCGUAAAGAAAAAGAAAGAAAAAAAUAAAAAGCCAUUUAAUUAACCAAAACUUAGUGAAUUAUCCUCUAUCUAAUAAUAUUUUUGUGUACAGUUUCGUAUCUCUACUUCCGUGUAAAUUAAUUUCAUUCAUAUUAACACAUCUUGAGUGAUUUAUGCUCAUGUGCUUGAAUCGGAAAAUGUCUUGUGUAUCUUGUCCACAAGUAAAAUAGCAAACAUAAUACUGAACUAUGUUAUUCACUAUUAUCUAUAAUGUAAAUUAAAUAUAUUAUUGCGGAAAGAUGAAAAUGAGCAGGUUGCUGUCGUAAAUAGGAGAAGAGAAGAUACUCACAUACAUAUACAGACAAAAAUAUUCACUACACGAAAGCAAGCAGAAAGAAGCUUCAACAUGUCGACAUAACAACAGCAAGGCUGAGAUAGAGUGAGAGAAAAAUAUAAAAUACAAAAUAAGAAAAAAAUCUCAGUAGUGAUAUGUGCAAGGAACAUGUAGCUGUGCCAAAAUAACAUGUGCAGUGCGACGAACUUUUUUCUCAUAUUCACAAUUUUUUAAGUCCUACAAACACAAGCAUUGUAGAAAAAAAAAUAAAAAAAAAUCUUGAAUGUCAUUUUGGAAGGCAGAAGAAGAACAAGAUGAUGAACUGAAAUGCAAUGAAAUUAAAUUGAAAAAAAAAUGUUUGUGUAUUGCUUGAAUGCUGAUAAGGCAUGCAUGCAAAAUUUUACAAGAUGAAUCAUGAAUAUUAAAAUUGGAGAAUGUUUUAUUGACAUUUUUUGAGAGAAAAAUUACAUUCUCUUGUAAAAAGCAUCGCAUAAAUUGGAACUUUUCAAAUAUUGAGAAAGCAAUUUCUUUCCGAGAUAUUUAUUGAGUGCAAUAAAACAGAAACAAUCUAAGCAUUAAUUUUCGUGCCAAAACAUAAAAGCAUUCAUUUUUAUGAAUACAGACAACAAACGAUAGCAUCAUCAAAACUAAUAACUAUUGACAUCAAGUGCCAGUGUAUAUAAAGCCCGCAAUAACAGUGUGAAAUAAAAAUUAAACUGAAUAUAUAAAGUUGACAUAACGGAUUUACUCAGUGAACGCAGACUAUUUCAUUAAUUAAUUUUUAUAGUGCUAUUCGUUGGACACAUACUGCAAAGACAUCAAAACCAUAUUUCAUAACUCAUCACAGAAUAUUUUCAUUUUUUUGCGUUUUAUUUGCCAACCUCUCAUAUCACGGAGACGUUCGGCCCCUACUAGUGUGUGGCAGCAAUGUUUGGAGCUAAAAUAAAGAAAUGGAUCGAAAUUGUAAAUCCGAGAAAAAAAUCGAGUAAAAAUAAAAAUGGCAAUAGUUCAUCGCAGCAUUCAUCAAAUGAUUAUAAAAGUGCCGUUUAUCAGAAUGAAGGAAACAACAUUUCAAGUCCAGCAAGGCGAAGUGAAGUUUCACCUAUUCAAUAUCACAAUGGACGGCAAGGAUGGCAAUCACCUAAUCAAGAAAUACCAAGUACAUCGAAAUUAGAUUGCCCACCACCCGUAAUCAAAUCAACAUCAAAUACGGCAACAAAAUCUGGUUCAUCAUUACAUAGUGCCAAUAAAACAGUAACACAAACAAAUCAAUACAAUAAUAGUAAUAGCAAUAGAACUCAUUCCGUAACAACCACAAAUUAUCUAACUACAGCACCAACAACAUUCUAUCAAAUGAAAGAAAUCGAUCAAAGUAUGAUGCAAUCAAAUAAUCCUCAAGUCAUUGUAACUAGCAGUAAAUCGACAACAAGUAUUAAUAGUAGUAAUAGUAACAAUAACUCAAUUCAUUAUAACAACAAUACAACAACAUUACUUCAUCCACCGCCAUUAUAUUAUUCAACCAGCUCAUCUAAUGAGCUCCUUCUACUUGAUGAUAACAAUCCAAAGACAAAAUAUUUAAUUAGUUCGUCAUCCUCGUCAGUUAAUUCCACAACAAUCAUUAAAAAUCAAAAUGAGUCUAACAAUAAUAACGUCUAUGUUGGAUGUGGAAAGCAAAAUGGAAACUCGGAGAGCAAAUAUGGCAAGAUUCAACCGAUUAACAAAUACAUGAACAAAUAUCGAUUCUUCUCGAGCAAAAAUACAUCAUCAUCAAAUGCUACGUCGACGUCAACAAUUGAUCGAUACAAUGGCAAUACUAGUGAUAACUUUUGUGCCAACAUAACAUCAGCAUCGGCAACGUUGCAAGAUGCACGAUUUUAUAGUAGAAAAAUUAAUAAUUGUGAUAGCGAAAUGCUGUCAAAUGGACCGGCUUGUAAUUCAAUUAUAAAUAAUAAUGAAAUCAAUGAGAGAAGCCGGACUGGAAGUGGAAAUUUACAGAAUUUAAAAACGCAAUCCAAUAAUUCUCUCACGAAUGUUCAAGUCUAUAGAAAUGGAAAUAACAGUAACACCAAUGGAUUGAUGUAUGGCGGCAGCAACAGACAAUUGCAUUCCUCGCCUCAUCAUCAAUAUCAGCAACAACAACAACAGCAGCAAGUGAAACAUCUCACACCAAAUAUUCAGCCAUCGUCCACAACACAAGUGCAUCAUCAUCAACAACAGCAACAACAAAAUGGCCAAAAUAAGCUCGGCUAUCACGUCAUAAAUCAUGUCUCAUCACCCGAAAGUGCAUACUCAACCGGUUAUUCGACAGAUGGAAAUUCGCCAGGUGGAUGCUCGUACUCACCAGAUUCCUAUUACAUCAACAUACGUACAGGAAUUCAUUAUUUCCCAAAGGGAAAUUCUAUAUUGGAUUAUGGAAACAAUCGCUUUAAAUCGGACCUCAACCGCAUAGAAGAGAAGAACGAUGAGACACAAUUCUGCCACCAUACACAUAAACGAACGGAAUCAUUCGAUUGUAGCAAAACAGCUGCAAAUGUGAUUCCCCUGAGUCAGCAUUAUCAAUGCUCAUCGUCAUCAACAAGCAUUAAAAGUGGCAAUAAUGUAAUGCCGCCAUGUGUCAGUCCGGGAAUGAGUCCCGUAUUGCGAAAGAAUGUCAUCAUGGCCACACAAUUCCGAACUCCAUCACCCAGACAACGAUGUCGGAUCAGAACAAAUCCAUGGUUUUCAAAUAUCGAUCCAGAGCUAAGCAUGCCGAACGACUCAAAACUAGGAAAUACUAAUAAUAAUAAUAGUAAUAACAGUAAAAUUAAUAACAAUCUAAAUGGUAAUGCAAGUUCUAAGCAGAAACGAGACAGAGACAGUACUGGCUCAACAACAUCAUCAUCUGGAAUUAAAUCGAAUAGUGAUGAGUCGAAUGAGCAAGAACAAAAGAACAAGAAGAUUGUAAAUGGUCAUUUAACAGAUUCUGACUCGAGUAGCUCGACAGAAAAACCGAGCAAGACUAUCGCUUCACUUGCUGAUUUUCGUAAGAAAUAUGGCAAUAACAAUAGUAAUAACACUAGCAAAAAGGAACUACCAAUUUCAAUCUCGACAACACAACAAGAUGGAAGUGAUGAUGAUGCAACAUUAAAUGAAAUUGGAAAAUUUGAUGAAAGUUAUGUUUAUGAGAAGGAGAAUGACAUUGUAAGUGAUUCUGACCGUACAGAUUGCGUUUCUGACUUGGGUCAGGAAGCAGGUGAUGAAUGUGAGUCGACAGAUGAUUUGUUGGAUGUGGAUUUUGGUGAGAAGGAAAGCAAGCAGAAUGUCGAUAAGAAGUCUAAAGGGAAAUCAAUGUCAAGUAAGAAGAUUGUUUGUGAAACUCAACAGCAACAAAAAAAGCGUAAGAAGUUCGUCCGUAAACGUAGCAAGAACACAGAAAGUAAUAAUAAUAUAAUGAAAUCACCCUUGGUGACGCGUGGAUGUCGAUCAGUUGGUGGCACACCAGUUUCAAUAAGACGAAACGAGAGAACAGCAGAACGACGGCAAUUAGAGACCUCAUUAUCAAAUCGUUCGAAUUCAUUAACAUUCAAUGAAAUUCACAUGAUUCACAACAGGAUGCUUGCAAUCUCGGAGAGUGAAAAGGCACUAAUUAAGGCUGACUUAGAAGCGGAUGUUAAAUACAGACAAUUGAUUCAUGAAGCAGAAUCAAUAUUGAUAUCGAUGAAAUCAAAUUUGUCAACACCAGGAGCACAAAAAGACUUACCAAUACCGACAACGAUAGCAAGUCCUCGACGUCAAAAUGUCCCAACAAAUAAGCGUGUGGAGAUGUUGAGGAACUGCGAAGUUGAUUUAAAACGUGAGCUUGCUAAGACAUCAAAUCAGCUUCAACUUACACAUCCACAACAUCCAUCAACAAUCAUAAAUAAGAGACUUGAAAUAUUACGUUAUGAAACAUCCAUGUCAGCACCGUCAAGUCCAAAAACAAAUCGCGUGGCACCCGUAAAGACUCAUGUAACAAACUUUAUCUAUCAAAAUGAAAUGGAUAUGAUAACACCGAAGCGUGACUCUACAUCAAAAACAACACCAAUUAUGUCUCCAAGAAGAUUUCUAGCACCAAAGCAACAUGACGAUUCAGACUCGGAAUCAGAUGUUAAAUAUAAUUCUCGAGCUAUGAAUGGCAAAGAAAACAAGACGAGAGAAAUAAAAAUAAAAAUUAAUCCACCAAUGGCACAGUUCCGUUCGGUCGUGUGCAAUAAUGUUGAGUCUGAUGAUCUCUUCUUUCCACAAAGUGAACCCUUAAAAAGAAAAAUUUAUUCAUGCAAUUCGACGAUUGAUAAAAUUCAAAGAUCUUUAGACUUUGAUUCUGACGAGCUUCCAAAGAAAGCACUUUUACAAAAAAUCCAAAUGUUAAGGAACGAGAGACUAGCAACAAAAUCAAAAGAGCGUGAAUCAUCGAGUGAUGCCGGAGUAUCCGAUGCGGGUGUCUCACAUGAUUCUCCAAAGCGUGUCAUCGACGAGAAUAUGAAAAGAAAAUUAAUUAUGAAAACGAUUGAGGAUAUUAAAAGGAGCUUAGAGGAUCAGAGUUUAGAACUGAAUGAACUUCACGACUCAGACACAUAGAAUGAGACAUUAUGAAACUGUAUCGUGUGGAUAAAUAAGUAGAUAAUGAUUAUUAACCAAGUUCUUACUUCUGUAUCAACUUUAGUGAUAUUUUUGGUUCUGUUUAACAUGGCUAUUAGUUUUAUUAGUAUUUCAGAUCAAAUCUUUAAACUAGAAUCUUCCUUAUUUAUUAGUAAGCAUAUGAUUGACUUUCUAUCACUGUCCUUAGCGACGCAAUCGUGCCGCUAAGAUAUUUUUAUUGAAUUUUCGUUAAAUUAGACAGUUAUAGCUAUUUGUUAUUAUUUUAUCCAGCAUAUCAUUUUGAAACUUCCAGAGUAUGUUCCUCUGGUAAUUGUAAAUUAUUACUUCAAACAUUCCUUCUCUAUUUUCUAGAUAUUUCAAAUCCAAAGAAAAAGAUUCCAAACUUUACUUUUUAAGAUAUUAAAUGUUCUUUUAAAUGUUGGUCCAAUUAAAAGAAUCGUUUCGUGUUUUUUGUUAAAUUUUGAUGAUAGACAUUAAGUUCUAAGAAAACUAAAUUAAAUUAAUGCAAAUUUGUUACAUGUCACGUUUUUAUUUCAAUAUUAUGUUUAGAUACGUAAUUGUGAUAUUUAAUUUAUUUAAAAAUGAGGAAAAAAAUCUUUCAUUUACGAUUAUCUUGACUCUUUAUUGGUAGGGAUUAUGAUAAAGUAGGUUUAGUGAAUAAGGUGAUAAAGAAAAUAUGGAUUAACCAUGAACAUGAUAUUAUGUUAAAGAUGUGCAAUAAAUGAAAAUUUAUACAAAUUUUUUCAAUGGCAAAAAGUGAAAGGAAUCUUCAAAAAUAAUUAUUGAGGGAUAAGGGAUUGGUUUGGAGAUCUAAAAUGGGUCUAUAUCUGAGAUUUAUACUGAAAAAUGGCAACCAUCAGAGUAUUUGAAAGAAUCAAAAAAUUAACAAAUUCAAAGCCACAACCAAAAAGACCUUCAAUGUCUCAGAUUCCCUUGAAACCCAAAAAGCAUUUUUUCAUAAUUCGGAUCUAAAAGAGAAUAAAAAUUUAUAUUUUUGUGAAAUUAAAAGCUCAUUUUCCAGAUGUAAUUAAAAUUAAAUUAAUAUCACACAAGAAGUUCCUAAAAAAAUUUACAUUUUGCCAUUUAUCCUUGACAAUUGUAAUUCCUUUCAUUUCAUGAAACUACUUAAUAUAGUAAAUGCAUGAUAAAUCUAUGAAAAAAUAACUAAAGACAAAAGAAAAACUUAACUAACCUUUUUACUUUUAUAGAAUAGCUUCAUCUUUCUCUACUAAAAAAUUCUCUAUGAACAUUCAAAAUGACUUACUUGACUAACCUCCUGUUCUUUUACUGUUUUACUGUAGAUCUGACCAUAGUUGAAGUUAUAGUUUGUAGAUGAACAUAGACAUAAAUCUCCUAUGACCUUUUUUAUGUUGUUAAAAAACAAAAGAAUUAUUUUUUUGAUAAAUGAGAAAAUAAGGAUAUCCUUUUCGGAAACGUACACAGUGAAAAGUUUCCAGAAAAUUUUUCUUUUUUAGUAGAAAACUUUUUAGGACUAAAAAGACGUAAGAAAAUCCAUCCAUUAGGGAAAUUACAAUAUUGAAGUGUAACAAAAUCUAGUCAUAGAAUAAUAUUAUUAGAACAUCCAACAAACAUAGAGAAUUGGUUAAGUUCUUAUCAUUUUUAUGUGUGAUUUAUAGACGAUUAGUGGUAGAUUUUUGUUAAGUUUUUGAAUAUUCAUCUUAGUUUUGGGUUAGAUAAUUUUGAUUUAGAUGACAAAUGACUCAAGUUCUUAAGGUUUUUAGAUGCUGGAUGCUGGAUAUUACAUCCUAUUAUUCCUUGCGAGGGAAUCUUUGAGGCAUUUCUUAUAGUCUAGAAGGUUUAAGGACAGUUCAAAGUAUAGAAAAGUAUUAAAUUUAGGUCUUAGAUAUGCAGUCACAAACAUUUUGGCAUCCAGAGUGCUAUAAAUUCUUUAAAAACUCGAUUUAUUAACAAAAUGUCAUCAAAAGUAAAUUUGGCAACAAUUCUUCGUUGAUUUUUCAAGUUAAAAGUAUAGUACGAGCAUCUUUAGCAUAUCUAUAACUCUUUUAAGUUUAGCAUAAAACAAAUCUCAGGAUAUUAAGGGAAGCACGAAGAAAAAUUCCUAGCAGAAUAAUCCAUAAUUUUUAUUAAUGACGAAAACUCAUUUUAAGUCAUAAAUUUAUUCAACUCAGCUAGAAAAAAAAUGCAGCAUAGCGUUCUCAUUUAUUGCUCUAUUAUGAAUCAUUUCUGUUUUUAAUGCUUUUGUCACAUAUUCUUAUUCAAAUGUUCACCUCAUAAAUUCAUUACUCACUCGCUUCCUCUCUGAGAGUGAAUUAAGUACUGUGAAAAUUUGCAUAAAAUUCCUGUAAAUAAUAAAAGAAAGCUCGAAAAUAAAUUGGUACAAAAAGAAAGAAGAAAACGUUCAAAGAGCUUAAAAAUGUGUCUUUAUGCCGAGUUUUUUUUAAAAAAGGUUUUAUUUCUGCUCCAAAAAUAUAUUUAAGGAGGUAGCAAAAAUUUACCACAAAAAAAAGCGAAAAUUAUUAGGGAAAAAAUGUUUUUCGUAUAUCCACAUAAAAAUGAUGAUGAACAUUAAAAUCUAAUCAGUCAAAAAGAAUCUCCGUUCACAUAUUUUCAAAAAAUAUUCAACAUCAACCUUUAACCCUUUUUAUGAAAAGUUACUGAACCGAAUAAUUUUUUUUUUACUGACAGAAUUUCAAAAAGCAAAGGAUGAAGAAAUUAAAAAUUUAUGAUAAAACAUCAUCAGGAUGUGAAGCAUUCGCACGUUUUUUUAAAAAAUGUUGCGUGAGAUGAUAAGGAAAAGUUACCUUUUUUGUUCAUUUUUGUUCAAAAGCAGCAACAAGCUAUUAACCUUUCAAAAAAUAAUAUUUAAACAAUUAAUUUAUUUAAUAUUAUACGAAUUAUUAUUGACAAACUCAUGAUUAUUAAUUAAAUAAUUAAUUUAAAAUAAGGAUAGAAGAUAAAUAUGAAAUGAAUCCUCAUACAACAGUUUUUUACUGAACAUAUAUAAAAAAAAUGAAAAAUGAAAAAUGGAAAAAGAAAAAAAAUAAAAAUUGAAAAUUAUUAUAAGAAAUUUGUGCCUUGUGCUGAAGCAAUUAUUCUUAAUUUAUAGGCACGUUUGGAGGCGAUUUGUAAACAAGGAAAUGCUGAAAGCUGUAAAUAUAUAGCCAGCGAGUUUCUCAAGGUAAGUUUAUUGUAUUAAUAGAAUUUGCAGGUCAUGCCUUGAAUCGAUUAUUUUUCGUGAAAAUAUGGCGGGAGUUCUGCAGUUUGUUUUUAAGGCUUAGCUAGCUGGAAUAAUCUGGUCAUUCACUUAUACUUUAAGGAGGUGAAUGAAUUAGAACUUGCGUGCCAUUUAACAUUAAAUUCAUUAUCAUCACUUAGUGCUAUUAAUGAUAAAAUUGCAAUAUUCAUUUGUGAGGGGAAAAACCUCGAGUUUGGUUGACCUUUGGCUUCUCGAUGAUACGAUUGAAUUCAGUGUAUAUCGAUUCUAAACAAGAUAAAUUGAGCCAGCUCGCUGCAUUUGAUGUUCAGCAAUAUGUUUCCUAUCACUUAACUCAUUGACACUUUCCGACUCAAAAUUCAAAAAUGAAUGUUAAGAAUUGACACAAAAAUCGAAAUCCCGUUUAAAAUUAGAAUUGAAGCCAAUUGACAAGCAUAAAACUCAUUAGGACAUCCCAAAAGCUGCAGCAAAAAAUUGUAAAUUCCCAAUUUUAAAAAGUCUGCCAUCAAAUCAUAAUUAUUGAAAGCACUCACAUGAGAAUUUUAUCACGCAAUAUUCAUCAAUAAUUCCUGCCAACCCACAAUCUCAUUUAACGAAACUCAACGUGGGUAUCAGGAAAUAUAAAAGUCAUUAAAUCUAAAAUGCUAUCGAUCAAAAAAUUAUAUUUCAUGUUUAUUAUUUCUUCCGAUUUUCAUGCAAUAUACAGCAAUAAAAAAAUGUCUGAUAAUUUAUAUCACAAAUAAAUACACAUACGGAUGAAUUGUGCAAUCAAAAAUAUUAAUGACGUAUUAUUCUUUUUGUUCCUACAAAGCACAAAAAAACUAUAAAUGUAUUUGCAACAAUGUUAUCGAUUUUUCCAUCCACAAUUGUUUAUUUUUUUUUUUUUGUUGGGUCAUGAGUCCUAUAACAAUGCACUUCAGUCGUAUCUAAUCAUAAUUAUUAUUUUUAAAAGUUAAUCAAAAUUAAAGGUGACAAGGGAUUAAGUGUAUGGCAUUGAGUGACUUCAUGGAUGAAAGAAAACAAAACACGUCUUUUGUUUUCUUAUUUUUUGGAAGUUCUUUGCUGUUUUUUUUAUUAUUUCAUUGGUGAUGCUGCUGUUAACGUUUAUUCUUACUUGUUGUCACUUAAACCGAGCUGCACAUAAUUAGGAAAUUGAUAGUAAGAUCUACUGCCAUUAAAAGACAAUGUUUAGCUCGGGCUAAGUUUAAUCCUCCUUUCAAGCAAUUCAUCAGGUCAUUCACAAUUAAAAAUUCAUCUUUCUCACUCCCAAAAUACCUUAAUUAAAUUUUAUGUUUACUUAUUCAUGCUUAUGACAGGAGCAAAGCACAUAAAAGUUUACGUGAUGGGGAUAAUAAAGUUCUUAAACUUUAAACAAUUAAAAUUAUUUCUCUUAUUGUACAAUUUAAAAUUAUGAUACACGUCUUAAUGCCUAACAUUUUUAUGUGCCAAAAAAAUAUUAUUUUAAAUGUUUCAAUUUUUUGGGGGCACUUAAAAGGUUUCUACGUGCUGAUAUCACUUUGUAUUAACGAAUUCAUUUGAGCUUGCAUUUUCAUCACAGUUCUUAUCAGAUUUCUUAUCGUUGCUGUUUAGCGUUGUAAAUAAACUUUUAUCGUUGAUAGCAUUUUGAGAACAUUGUCCAAGAGUUCUGCUAGCACUUUCUACGUUGCCGCCGAUCGAGGCUUUCUGUGAAUUCUGAAAUUCUUUCAAAUUCAAAUUCAAUAUCUGGAGUUAUCCAAUGUUGAUCAGUAAUCGAAACUCUAUCUUUGUUACGUCUCUUAAACUUUCCAGAACGUGAAAUAGAGAAAUUUCUACGCGUUGCUGAAGUUUCUGUCAUUUUUAAAACCUUUAAAUAUAAAUCACACCGCAAAAAAACGUUUAUGACUUUUCCCGCUGCAAUUAACGACUGAAGAGAUUGUUCAUAAAAAGUCAUAAUUAA